CUCCGCAGAGGACGCUGGUGCCGCCGCUACGAUGUCCGAGACUGUUCCUGCCGCCGCCCCCGACGCGCCGGCUCCCGGUGCCAAGGCUGCCGCCAAGAAGCCGAAGAAAACGACGGGCGGCUCCAAAGCCCGGAAGCCUGCUGGUCCUAGCGUCACCGAGCUGAUCACCAAGGCUGUGUCUGCCUCUAAAGAACGCAAGGGACUCUCCCUCGCCGCGCUCAAGAAGGCGCUGGCCGCCGGCGGCUACGAUGUGGAGAAGAACAACAGCCGCAUCAAGCUGGGGCUCAAGAGCCUCGUUAACAAAGGCACUCUGGUGCAGACCAAGGGCACCGGUGCCUCCGGCUCUUUCCGCCUCAACAAGAAACCGGGGGAAGUGAAAGAAAAAGCCCCCAAGAAGCGAGCGACCUCAGCCAAACCCAGAAAGCCAGCGGCCAAGAAGCCUGCCAGUGCCGCUAAGAAGCCCAAAAAAGCUGCGGCGGUGAAGAAAAGUCCUAAGAAAGCUAAGAAGCCGGCUGCCGCUGCGGCCAAGAAGGCGGCCAAGAGCCCCAAGAAAGCAGCCAAGGCAGGUCGCCCGAAGAAAGCAGCGAAGAGCCCCGCCAAGGCUAAAGCAGUGAAGCCCAAAGCAGCUAAGCCCAAGGCAGCAAAGCCAAAAGCAGCCAAGGCGAAGAAGGCGGCGCCCAAGAAAAAGUAAAUCAUACCAGAAGAGUUUUGAUCUACAUACUUUGUUAUCCAACGGCUCUUUUAAGAGCCACCCACACUUUCCAUAAAGGAGCUGAGGCACCGAGGCCGUCUGUAAACUUGCAGCAGGGAUCCAGUAAUUUGUAAGUUCUCAAAAGGUCAAUUCUGUCUUAUUUCCCCCACCCCGUUAUGUUUGCCGAAAUAAACGGUAACGAAUAUGGUAUGACGCGGCACUUCAGGGAAGUAAUAGUUUUACAUCUUUUGUCAAUUGAUUUGACUACCAGGAAACUAUUUUAUAAUCAUUUCAUAAAGAUCUGAUGUAUGGGGUUUGUUAGGGUGGAGUUUUUCUAAAGUUAUAUUUUGUAACAAGAGCAAUGGAAAUGCCAGGCAAGCUACUACUGAGCCAUGUCUAACCUAUUGUAUUAUUUCUCUUAAAUGGUUUUUGCCUGUUUGGUGGAGGAGGGAAGAGUUUCUUAUUCGGAGACCCGAAAAUAGCCUUGAGCGCUCCCGUUCCUUUUGUUCCCCUUGAGAAAGGGCUUUAAAUAUUGAAAAAACCCGCCCAGACCAAGGAUUGGCCAGCGGAGAGCCCGGCCCACUGCCCCUUCCUCCGCCCAUUCCCCCUCCCUUCCCUAAAGAUGAUUAUGCCUUGUAUCUCUGGUGCUGUUCCAGCCCCUCGAAGAAAAACGCAGAUGAGGGGGGAAAGGACGGGAGCUCUCGCCAAAAUGAUGUUCCCAUGUUUUCUGGCGUAAGAACUACACGAGAGAUAUCCCACACCAGGAAGAACUUGCUUUGGGAGGACGUUUUGGCACUUUUUGUUAAUGAAAACGUGGAAUACGUUGU